CCAACCAGUGUAGUUGAAGUUUGUGAUGAUGACCAUCUGUUCUCCAAACAUGGAAGCUUGAUGUUUGACUGCUGUAAAUGUUACACAACCAAGCUUAUUGUUGAUCUGACCAAUCCAAAUAGAUAAGCAUAUUGAACUGGGAAAUGCAUUGAUGGUUUUGGCUUAUUUGUUCAACAGAAAUUGUAGCCUUCUUCUCCAACAUCAUUUUAUCUGCAGCACAACCACUUUUAUGACUGAAAGCAGACUGAGGUGGUUAAAAUUAGUGAGGAACUGACUUGACAAAUUUUUGAAAGGUUUUAAUAUUGGGCGAUAUCUUUAAUUAGGUCUUUUAAUCCAGUAAUGUCUGAGAGUCUGGAAAGAGCUUCGGGAGCAUUCUUUCAUUAUAAGCGACUGAUAAUUACCAUCUUGUUAGCAACUUUAGUGAUUUACAUAUAGGUCAAGCUUCAUUUCCUGCACCUGUGGCAAAUUAUCAAAAGCAAAAGUUAUAUUAAAUGCACAUGUAUGCGGGCUUUUAAAUUGGCAGAUGGUGGAGGACAGUUUGUAAGGAAUUUCCUAUCUCAAAAACAUAUGGACGAUCCAUUCAUUUCUUAUUUUUUCCAGCCUGUAACAUCUAAGACAUUCAGAAUGUAUAGAGUCUUAGGGAAGGGAGGUUUUGGUGAAGUUUGUGCAUGUCAAGUACGUGCAACUGGAAAAAUGUAUGCAUGCAAAAAAUUGGAGAAGAAAAGGAUAAAAAAGCGUAAAGGAGAAGCCAUGGUUUUAAUAGAAAAACAGAUUCUACAGAAAGUAAAUUCUAGGUUUAUUGUAAAUUCUGCUUAUGCAUAUGAAACCAAAGAUGCACUUUGUUUGGUGUUGACCAUCAUGAAUGGAGGUGAUCUCAAAUUCCAUAUCUAUAGUAUGGGUGGAGAGCCUGGAUUCGAUCUUGGAAGAGCAAAAUUUUAUGCUGCAGAAGUCACUCAAGGUUUAGAACAUCUUCAUGCUCAAGGAAUAGUAUAUAGGGAUUUAAAACCAGAAAAUAUCUUGUUAGAUGAUCAUGGUCAUGUGAGAAUAUCUGAUUUGGGUCUUGCUGUUGAAAUUCCCGAUGGGGAAACUGUUAGAGGAAGAGUUGGCACUGUGGGAUACAUGGCACCUGAAGUGAUUGAUAAUGAAAAAUAUACUUUUAGUCCAGAUUGGUUUAGUUUAGGAUGUUUAAUUUAUGAAAUGAUUGAAGGACAGGCUCCGUUUAGAGCCAGAAAAGAAAAAGUUAAGAGGGAAGAAGUAGAAAGGAGAGUAAAAGAAGAUCAAGAAAAAUAUUCUUUGAAAUUUAGUGAUGAUGCCAAAGCUAUAUGUCAGGCAUUAUUAAAGAAGAAACCACAUGAAAGAUUAGGCUGCAAUAGUGGAAGAAAGGGGGCACAAGAAGUGAAGUUACACCCAUUUUUUAAAAGUGUAAAUUGGAAAAGGUUAGCAGCUGGUAUGCUUGAUCCUCCUUUUAUCCCUGAUCCCCAUGCAGUUUAUGCCAAAGAUGUUCUUGAUAUAGAGCAGUUUUCAACUGUAAAAGGUGUAAAUUUAGAUGCAACGGAUGACACUUUUUAUACAAAAUUUAAUACGGGUAGUGUAUCUAUUUCCUGGCAAACUGAGAUGAUUGAAACGGAAUGCUUUAAAGAAUUAAAUGUAUAUGGUCCCAAUAAUACCCCAUCUCCAGAUCUGAUUAUAGAUAUGCCUCCUCCUGCUGAACCUUCUGGAUGUUUUCCUUUUCGCAAAAAGAAUAAAAACAGGUUUCAGAAGAAUGGCACCAGACAUUAAAAGUUCAAACAGUAGCACCCAUUUGUCUUCUUCGGAUGAGCCAAAUUCUUCGGGCAUGACAAAUCAAGCAUUAAACACAAUAACUGACAACCAGGAAGUUCUCGCAGUAAGCUGAGAGUUAUUUUCACAAGCUACUACAGAAAGGCAAUGCGACGAUAAAGAAUAGUGAAUUCCCAACGUGUGCCAAGAUUUCUAAAAUAAAAUUUGUGAUGUUUGGCAUACUUCCAAGAUCUUCCCCUCAUCUGAAAAUUCUCUCCUUUAUAUCAGGUACAAAAGUGUUAUAGAACUAGCCAACUAAUUAUUUUUUGUGAAUAUACAUCAAUUAAAAUAAAAGUUAAAAAAAUAUGCUCAGAAAUAAGUUCUGAAGAUAUCACAAAUCAUGAACUUAAGUUAUCAGUUAAUGUAAAGCAUUUUCAUUUACUUUUAACAUAUCCUCUUUUCUCGUUUUAAUAUUUUGCCGCGACUCAUUAAAUCAUCAGGUUAAAUGUUCUGAAUAUAGAAGAGUAAUGGUGGAUCUGUAGAAUAUUAAUAGUAAUUGAGAUUGUGUGAGAAUUUUGUCAUUUUUACAAAGUGACAUUCCAUUUUUGGCAAAUGUGAUUAUUUAUAAAGAGAAAGGUGAAGCCAUUCCUUCCUUUUUGCUGUGAUUUUUGGCAUUGGCUUUGAUUGUGUUGAUUUUGUUGUUUUUAUCUUUUGAGUAUACUUUACGAUUUUUUUUACAAUAUGAAACACCAUCAGAACGGCAAAUUAACUUGUCUUUAGUGCCAAUAGUUUGACUCGCCUUUAUUACCUCUAUAUUGUUUUAAUCAUUAGUAAUUAUUGUAUAAAAAAAAAAACAUUUAAGCAUUUAUUUUGUAUAAAUUUGCAAUAAUUGACAACAUUUUGUAUACAUAAGGAGCACUCUGCAGUGCUGUAAAAUAAUUUGAGAUUUUUUUUUUUUGAAGUUUUAAUUAAUUUAUGGAAUGAGGACGAUGAUUUUUGUUUUCUUCUGUAAGGGUAAAUACUCAUGAAAAUAAUCAGGAGUAUGGGAAUAAGUGAACAAACUAAUUUAUUGUGUUUGCACAGAUGUUUCAAUUCGAUGUGGUAACUUGAAACCAAUUUUUAAAGAUUUGUGAUGUUUUUUCUGUAUAGUCUGAACGAUGACACAACUUUCAUCUGUAAAUGUUUGUCGAAACGACUAUUUAAGAUUGACGGCUCAGAAAACUAGUGCCAUUUCGGAUCAGUGUUAACAUGUUAUUUAAUUAACAUUUUCCUAUUAGGUUAGAAAUCUCUCGCGACUCUCGUCACAAAUAUCGUUUUAAGUUUAACUAAUUAGACUCCAAAUAAAUCAAGGGCAUUCCAACUUUUAAAUUCUCAUCUAUGUACUUUUGAAAAAACCUAAAAACAACGUCAUAACUCGUUUUUAGUUUUUCUUGUUUUUUUUUUUUUAUUAUUAUUCAGUUAAAUAUACCAAAGGAAUUGCUGUCAUUUAAAAUAAUCUGUUUUGAUUAUUUUUUAUUAUAAUUGCCUAUAAUAUUUAUUUCUUCAGGAAAAUCAGUUUAUGUUAAAAGCUUUUGUAUUUUAUCUUGUAAUUUUGAUUGUAUUAUUACAAUAAUUGGAAUAUAAUUCAUUCAAUGUACAUCCAUACAUGUGAAGUCUGUGGAAAAACAUUCAACCAAUAACAAAAAAAAAAAGUUGGUUUUACUGUACAUUAUUGCAUAUUUGUCAUUUUAAGUGAACUGCAAAGUUCCCAGUAAUUUUUAGAGGGAAAGAAAAAAAACUACUCUUGUUGGACUGUAUGUAAAUGAUUAUUUGCAAAACUGUAUUACCAUUUGAGAUCAUCAAGUGUAGCAAUGAUUAGAGCAAUUACAAUGUACAUUUAAAGUUUUUUUAAAACAUGUUUUCAUUCAUUUCUAUGCACAAAUCUUCGGCAAAAAAUAAUCUGAGAUACAUCAGUAUUAUAAGUAAAUAAAAAAUAAUAAUACUUUAACCGCAUUGCCUGAUUUCAUAUUUAAAAAGAAAUAUGAAAAAGCAUUUUUGUGGAGGUACAUCGAAGCACAGUUUUGGUGUCUUGUAUUAAAAUGCACAUUUAAACAAACAGAAAUUCAUGAUUAAUUUUUGAAAAUUUAAUUCAAUGUUUCAUUGUAUGCAAAUAAUGUAUCUAUAUGUUUAUUAAUGACAGUUAGUUUAUAAUAAAGACAUACAUCGAUAUAACGAAUUUCGUACGAUAAUACUUAUCGCAGACCUUCAUUUUAUCAUAAAAAAUGAUUAUUAUAAACUAUAAAUGGUGCUUGCAAUAAGUUUCUUACAAUAUACAUAAUUCAAUAUUAAAAAUAUCCAUAUCAUUAACCCUUGAUAUUUUAUCUGAAAGGAAUCAGUACAAAUAUGCAAAUUAUCAUUUGGUAUCAGCCAACAAGUGAUGAAAUAUAAAUAAUGCCAAUUUAUAUAUGCUUCUGUCUUGUCCAUCAGUUGUUCACUGAAUGUUCAAAACUCCCCAGUAUUAAUGGAAAACUGCAUUUUGCAUUGUUGUAUUUAUGUGUAUAAAAUAAACUUGUUCAUAAAAUUCU